GCUGCUGGCAGAUGGUUUUCUGCUUUGUGCGCGUUUUAGUCCCGAAUCUGUGGCGGCAGUGUGCAAGAACAUACUGAUAUUCAGUCAGCAUCCAUCCUCAGCAAGCAGUCGUUCGCUGCAGACAGCUUUCGUCCUCGCGUUGCCAAAAGAUUGUAGGUUCAUAGUCUACGGCACGGCUUAACAGGUUGCCUCAAAGGCGAUUCGCGUAAUUCCGUGCCGUUCGCCCGCGGUCCUUGGACUUCUGGAAGCGUGGGCAGGCCGGCUUUCACUGUUCCUCUGGUUCACUGCUUGUGUAUCACGUCAGUUUUGCAGACAAAGUGUCGUCACUCGUCGCGCCUCCUCACUUCGGUGCUCGUCGGCGGCAAUCCAAUUCUUGAGACGUUUGUUUUGAUUACUCGCUUCGCCUUCGGUGCUUCGGAGCGCGCGUGGUUUUCGAGUGACAUUGCAGCGCUGCAACCCAAUUAUAUCAUGUAGUGUGAAAUAAAGUUGCACUCCACGGGUUAGCGAAGAAAACGUCUUCAUGUGUAAGCAAUGAAUAAUGUGAGACAUGUGUUAAUGGUAUGAAGUUUAGAAUGUGAUCUAAGGAUAAUUGGAAAUUACCGUUUUGCUGCUGACGGGUGUGUUGAUGGUGAAAUAAGUGAAACUAGCCAUUCAAUUAGCUAGGCGAGCCCUUUUCCGUAAAGUGGAAUCCGUGUUACAUUGAGGUUUUUCAGGUUUGCUGAAAUGGAGUGAAACCGCCCACGUGCGGAAAGAGUAUUAAUUAAAAUUCCGUGUUCGGUUGGGACCAACGCCUGGCCGGCCUCAAUUUAUGCUACAAUAGCAAUUAAUUAAAAUUUUAUGAGGAAAACAGAUUUUUGCGACCGCUGUAGUGGAUAGAGGUAAUUUGUGAAACAAUGAAGUGGUACAUGUUGGUCAGCAUUGUUUGGUGGGUCACUUUUCUGCUCGUGGUGCUAACAGUGGCCUCACCGGAUGGAUACCUGAAGUUGUUUCCAGUGCAGUCGCAAUUUGACCCAUGCUAUGAUGAAGAUAGACCAAGGCGAUGUGUUCCGGAUUUUGUGAAUGCUGCGUUCGGGAUGCCUAUAGUUGCUUCGUCGACAUGUGGAUUGCGGGGCCUCGAGGAAGUGUGUGAUAGUCAAGAACUCCGUGGCCCUUGCCAUCAAUGUGAUGAUACUAUCCCCAGAAAACGAUAUCCAGCUUCUGCUUUGACCGACGUUAACAACUCUAACAACGUAACCUGCUGGCGAUCGGAAGCCAUCCCAACUCCAAUGGGUUUGAACGAACCUCCGGAUAAUGUUACACUGACUCUAUCACUUGGUAAAAAAUACGAACUAACCUAUGUGAGUCUCACAUUUUGCCCUGGAGCUGUCAAACCAGACUCUAUUGCCAUAUACAAAAGUGCCGACUUUGGAAAAUCGUGGCAACCAUUCCAGUUUUACAGUUCCCAGUGUCGAAAAGUCUACGGUCGACCAAACCGAGCCACCAUUACCAAAGCUAAUGAACAGGAAGCUCGUUGUACCGACGCCCAUCGUCAUAUGGGUGAAUCAACCGGGAUACAAGGUUCACGAAUUGCGUUUAGCACCCUAGAGGGACGUCCUUCCGCCUCGGACUUCGACUCAUCACCGGUGCUUCAGGAUUGGGUCACAGCUACCGACAUUCGUAUAGUUUUCCAUCGCUUGCAGAUGCCUCAAGAGUCCAUAGAGGAUCUAUUUUUGCUCGGAUCUCCUCAAGUGCCGCCAUCGUUUCGGCAGCGAAAAGCUUCUUUCGGGUACAAUGGAAUCGAAAACUACGAAUCCACCGAUUCAACCAUAGCUGUUCCGACCGUUCCAACCCUGACGCAUCACUAUGCAGUUUCGGACUUUGCCGUUGGUGGAAGGUGCAAGUGCAACGGGCAUGCUUCUAGAUGCGUUUUGGGGCGCGAUGAUGACUUAGUGUGCGAUUGUAAACACCAUACCGCCGGAAGAGACUGCGAACGCUGUAAACCGUUCCACUUCGAUCGACCGUGGGGACGAGCUAAUGCACGGGAAUCUAAUGAGUGUAAAGUGUGCAACUGCAAUGGUCACGCGAGGCGCUGCCGCUUCAACAUGGAGCUCUUCAAGAUGUCUGGUCGGAUCUCCGGCGGUGUUUGUCUCAACUGUAGACACGCAACCACCGGUCGCCAUUGUCACUACUGUCGUGAGGGAUACUAUCGGGACGCCACCAAACCAAUCAUGCACCGGAAGGUCUGCAAACCCUGUGACUGCCAUCCUAUAGGAUCAUCUGGAAAAACAUGUAACCAUACCACUGGGCAAUGUCCCUGCAAAGACGGUGUUACUGGAUUGACCUGCAAUCGAUGCGCUCGAGGCUACCAGCAAAGCCGGUCGCACAUUGCACCUUGCAUAAAAAUUCCACGCGUGAUCAGUAUCGUCCACCCUCAAAAUACAGCACCUGAUCCACAGCGCCAUGAUCCUGACUCUCCUUCCUACCGCACGGACGCCGGAAGGGGUAAAGUGCGGAAAAUGCAAAAUCGGCACCAAACGACUAAAUCUAAGCAAGUUUUGCAAAAGAGAUUACGUAAUAAUGGCGAAAGUAACAGCAAAGGACACGAAGCCCGACAACGCAAACCUGAAAAGCAACCCAAACCACAGCCCGAACAGCAACGACGUGGUAAAGUUCACACUAAGCGUCCAAAAGGUGUUCAAAAGAAGCCCCAGUCCAAACAGCCCGCUAGCGCUGUCCCUGAGAAGAUCAACCCACGUAACGCUCGUCGUGGAAGUGAAAGAUCUCGAAUGCCGUUGCCCAAGAAUCAAAGUGAAUAAAUCCUAUCUGAUCCUUGGUCGGGACACGGAGGGACCACCAGGAGCGCUUGGAAUUGGACCCCGAUCAAUCGUCAUUGAGUGGCGUGACGAAUGGCAUAGGCGGCUAAGGAAAUUUCAACGACAGGCGGCACGUACAUGCCACUGAUCAGUCUCGUUUCAGCUUCCGUUACUUGCUAUAAAGGUACCAGAGCAACGAAUCCACAGUGGCGAGAUUUUAACAAUAGUCCAUUAAGAUAUAUAUCCAUUGGCCAGUGUGAUAAAUUAUUACUAAAUUAUGUGAAAUUCGAUCCUCUCGGUUUAAUAUAUACGUAUAUUUGAAGGACCGCUAUCGCUAUCAUACUGUUCGAUUUUCUGUAGACCGCUGCAAAUGCUAAUGAUUCUUGAUAUAUUCGUAGAGAUUAUAUGUGAAGAAUUUAUGCAUCAAUUCAGUUUUCCCACGUUUACCACACUGUACAAGUUUCCAUUGCAUCGGUGUAACAUAUGGUGCAAGAGAUCUAUGGCAGCAGCAACGUUGGAGAACACAUUCGCUUGUACAUCAUUACCAUUAGACGAUCGUUACUUUUACCACUAGAUAUAAGUUAGUGCCCUAUUAUUAACUAUUUAUGUCAUUUGUUGAUCGUUGAAGUUUCCUUAGACCUUAGAUGCCGUGUUCUAGAGCUCUCCUUAAAAGUCAUCAAGCGUCGCCAUAUCACUACAUAAUCAGUAUUUUUACCAGUUAAGAAGUUUGUGUGAUUAUUAUAAUACUUCAAAUUCAAACUAAAACUCAUUUUCUAGCAAUAAGAUAUAUGAUAAGAACUAUGUGAAAGAAAUAAAUGAAUAAUUUUGCUGAAAUACA